UGCGAACGUAGCUACGUAUAUUUCUUUCUGCGACCCGGGAGGGCUGCGAUCCUUCACGAGAAACGCCAUGGUAAAUCUGUGGCCUUGGAAGGGCGACAACAACUCCGCCGCCUCCUUCGAAAAGGCCCUCUCUACCCUCUCCAUCAAGAUUACCAAGAUCGCCGCCAGAAAUGACUCCCUCCGCCAGCGUGCGCGGCGCGUGCGCGUCAUGUGGACACUAUACGCCGGCUUUGCGUACAUCCUCACUGCUCUAAUCCUGACACUCGUCACGGGAUGGCGGAGCUGGGGAACUGUGGAAUACUCGGUCAUGGCAGGAGGGCCUGUAGUGGUAUAUCUCGUUCGCACCUCCCUAACAACCUACUACGACUACCGCAUCUCCAACACCCAACUUUACCUUAAUUCCCUCUACAAAGAGCGCGACGCUACCAUCGAGCGCCUUAAGCAAGCCACAAAAUACAACUCCACCCAGCAGCUCCUCGAGAAAUAUGGCUCGCCACCGCCUAAACCCGAAAAGAGCCCCUCCGACGCCCCAGCCAACCGGCGGAAGUCUGAAGGGCCGCAGAAACAGGGCCAGCGCACGAAUAUGCCCCCACCGCCUACAGCCAACAUCCCACGCCCGGGAAUCUCGCUCCCUUCGACGCCGCAGCGACCCGGCUCUGCGGCCUCUCUUCGCCCAUCUAGUUCUAGAUCCGAUGCUAGAUCCGAUGACAUGCCGCCGCCUCCCCCGCCGAAAGAUAUGCCGGGUGCUGAAUUCGCACCGAAUGCGUUUGCUCCUCCCGAAUUAGCGAGGCAGUACACCGCUAGCUCCGCCUCUUCUUUCACCCAAUCGAGGUGGUACGACCGCAUUCUAGAUGUAUUACUAGGCGAAGACGAGACGCAGCCUAAGAAUCGCCUUGCGCUGAUUUGCAGCGAGUGUCGGUUAGUUAAUGGACAGGCGCCGCCUGGGACGAGGACGUUGGAGGAUGUUGGGAGGUGGAGGUGCGCGGGGUGUCGGGCGUGGAACGGCAGGGAGAAGAGAGAGGAGGUAGGAGCUCUGGCGGAAGCAUGGGAGAAGGAGAGGGAGGCUGAGAAACAGAGUAUCUUGGAAAAGCAGCUGGAGAUCGAAGAAAGGGGAGUGACCCCCCGGCCCGUGGACGCUGAUGCGGACAAUGACGGCGAGAGCAGCGGCGCGUCAUCGGAUGCGGAUGUCGUGAUUAAAGACGCAGACACACCAGCGCGGUCGACGAGGAGUAGAGUCAAGUCGAAAGGGGCGGGGAGGAAGACAUGAGCAGCGGACUGGAGUUCGGGAUGGGAAAGCAUACAUAUAGAUAAGGGAGUCCUUUGAAUAUUAGCGGGUAGGCACUUUGGCAAUCAGGCUAGUUUUCUUUUGUUUAUUUUACACUCAAUCAAUCAAUCAGGCAGUCAUUCAAAUCAAG